AUGAAUGAUAAGCUCGUGGAAACUGUCCAUGCGGUCGGAGCUAAGUUCUGCAAGACCCGCCGCAGAAGAACACAAAAACUCUCCGAUCACACUCUUAAUCUCAUGGCUAUUAGACGGGAGAUGAGGCUGCAAUCGUUAACAGAUUUGACAGCAUACAGGCACCUCGUUUCCGGGACACCUGAGAUUUUGAGUGAGAUUGAGAGGUUCUAUGGUCAGCUGUACACAUCAUCGUUGGAGCCACACGCAAGUGUGAAUAAUGAUCCAAGAGCAAGUCUUAUCCGCCACUAUUCCGAUGAUAUCGCGGACGUCAGUCUGAGCGAGAUUAGAGUGGCUCUCCAGCACCUUAAAAACGGCAGGGCCCCAGGCGAGGAUGGAAUUACAGCGGAGCUUCUGAAAGCGGGUGGAACACCGGUACUUGAAGUCCUUCAGAAGCUCUUCAAUUCCGUCCUCCAUGGUGGCACUACUCCGGAGGCGUGGAGCAGAAGUGCGGUGGUCUUGUUCUUUAAGAAAGGCGACAACGCUCUCUUGAAGAACUACAGACCGAUUUCCCUUCUGAGCCGCGUCUACGUGCUGUUUUCGAGAGUCAUUACGAAUCGUCUCGCACGCAGACUCGACGACUUCCAGCCUCCCGAACAAGCCGGUUUCCGAAAAGGCUUCAGUACCAUAGACCACAUACAUACCCUGCGACAGAUUGUACAGAAGAUCGAAGAGUACAAUCUGCCGCUUUGCCUGGUGUAUGUGGACUAUGAGAAAGCCUUUGAUUCCAUCGAAAUUUGGGCGGUGCUACAGUCCCUUCAGCGAUGCCAAGUUGACUGUCGGUAUAUGGAAGUGCUGAAGUGUUUUUACAGUACCGACGGCUAUCCGAGUACAGAAUCAGAGUUCGAAACCUAUCCAACUGCAGAGAGGUGUAAGACAGGGUGA